UCUUAUAACUUAUUGAAGUGUAGAAGUAGGCCUGCUAUACAUUUGUUGCAUCAAGUGAAAUGGGUUUGUCAGCAGAACACUUGCGGAAAUAGAUAUGCUACAGUUAUUUGAUGGCAAUGUUCCAUAACAUAGAUGUACACAAAAGUGUUUAUUUCCGUCUCGAGCACGUUGUAGCCGGAGACUUCUAAAGUCAACGCAAGGCUGCGCUAGUGUUAUUUUGCUGCAUUGUGCUAUUACGUGCUGUUGGUGUUAAGGGGUUGUUUAAAGUUUGAACGGUGACGUCAUGCGACAAAAUUGAGGCCACGGUUUGUGCCAAAAUUGAAAGUACGUGAGAUCAAGGAGCUUCUGAUUUUCUCGCGUGACAUGAGCUUCACAUUACUACCUCUUAUCAUGAUGAAAACAUCCUGCCAACAAGAGCCGACUGGAAAUAACCUGCAUCCAGUAUGUCAGUUCCGAUCACCUGAGUCUCCGUCACGCAUGAUGAAUUUUUGUAUCAUCUGUGAUUAUAUGUCAUUAGUUAAUUUAGAUUAUAGACUUACGUGCCGAAUCCAUUACUAUCCCCGCGAGAUUUAUUCGACUCCGUGUUCCUCGCCAGUCGUCUCCACCGUCGCUCACCUUAAACAUAUAAAGGGAGUAAGGAGUAGCCACUGUGUUUUAUUUAAACCGACGCAGCAAAGGCCGCGAAACACCACAGCGUCCAGAUUAAGACACAUAUAACCGACUACAGUUUUCGCCACCAAGGUCACUCUAUACGACGACUUAUACACUACAUGGUUUUAUGGUAGUAUCCCGGCAACGGCGUUCGACAAGAAGUGAGUGGCUUGCACUGCCCAUUUCCACCACGACCAGCAACACGUGGGUAGACAAAAAUGGGAGAUACGAAAAAGGAGGCGAAUGGACACAACGAUCAAGAAUCGGAGACGAGAUUAGCAAAACGACCAAGACUUCUUGAAGCUAAUCAAGUGAAAAAUAAGGCUACGGUUAUUUUAGGUGCACAAUGGGGUGACGAAGGAAAAGGAAAAGUGGUCGACAUGCUCGCCGGUGAUGCCGACAUAGUAGCCAGAUGCCAGGGAGGUAACAAUGCUGGUCACACUGUUGUUGUGGGCGACAAAGAAUAUGAUUUUCAUCUGUUGCCCAGCGGUAUCAUUAACCCCAAAUCCAAAUCAAUUAUUGGUAAUGGUGUGGUUGUACACUUGCCCCAAAUGUUUGAAGAACUUCAGAAAAAUGAAGCCAAGGGUCUUACUCAUCUGAGAGACUGUCUCUUAAUUUCUGAUCGAGCACAUUUGGUGUUUGAUUUUCAUCAACAAGCUGAUGGGUUACAAGAGCAAGAAAAAGGUGGCAAGUCCUUGGGAACAACAAAAAAAGGAAUUGGACCAACCUAUUCGUCCAAAGCCACACGUAAUGGAAUCCGCAUCGCCGACUUGUUGGGUGAUUCGCUUAUGUUUGCGGAAAAAUUGCGUACCUUGGUUGCAGCUUACCAACGCAUGUUGCCUGACUUGAAUGUGGAUAUUGAUGCAGAACUCGAAAAAUACAAGGGUUAUGCCGAGCAAGUCCGUCCAUUUGUGGUGGAGACCAUUUCUUAUCUGAAUGGAGCUGUGAAAGCUGGUAAAACAGUCUUGGUCGAAGGUGCUAACGCUGCCAUGUUGGAUAUUGAUUUUGGAACUUAUCCUUAUGUUACCUCAUCAAACUGCAGUGUCGGAGGUGUUUGCACGGGGCUUGGUCUACCUCCGUCACUUAUUGGAGAUGUAUACGGUGUAGUGAAAGCCUACACAACACGCGUAGGAGAUGGUCCUUUCCCCACGGAACAAUUAAACGAAAUUGGAGAAUUGCUUCAAACACGUGGCGGUGAGAUCGGUGUAACUACAAAGCGGAAAAGGCGUUGUGGGUGGUUGGAUUUAGCGGUGCUGCGCCACACGCAUAUGGUUAACGGCUAUACAGCUAUCGCCCUGACCAAAUUGGAUAUUCUGGAUGUUCUACCAGAGAUCAAAAUUGGUGUCUCGUAUAGUUUGAACGGCAAAGAACUGAACCACUUUCCAACGAGUACCACCGAACUAGCUGCUGUUGAAGUCAACUACAUAACGUUGCCUGGGUGGGAGACGUCCACCGAAGGUGUCAGAACUUUUGAUGAUUUGCCUGAAAAUGCUCGCAAAUAUGUUGAAAUAAUUGAAGAAAAAUUAGAACUGCCAGUGCGGUGGAUCGGUGUAGGAAAGGAUCGAGGCUCUAUGAUUCAACUUUAUUAGUCUGAUGGGAUGUGCAUUAACUAAGGAGGUGUAGGACGGGGCGUCGUAUCUCGGGGUCGGAACAUCUGUCAUUUGGGGAACUUUUUUCAUGUUUACUAACUAUUUCUAACUGUCGACGGUAAGAUACUAGUAGUCGUUGGCGAAUUAUUCUGCCAAAAAAAAAGUGAUUGACGGUCUGUAGGCAUCCGCACAGUCAUCCGUUAUUUUUAAAUCGGAAGUAAUAUCAUCUCCGUUUUUACCUCCUCAGAAAAGCUGUUCAAUUUUUACAUGUGUAACUUUCUUCUAUAUAGGGCAUUACUAAGAACUCUCACCUCAUUCAUAUGUACUACUUUCAAAUCUUCAGUGUUUAUUUCAAUUUCUUGGCAACCUUUUGUAAUCGUGCACGUCUUGUUCACAGUACACACAUCAACCAACCGA